AUGUCAUUUCCCAAUCUUUACACGAUCAAGUAUAUCAAGGGUGACAAUUAUGAACGAGCUUUUGAUCUGUCGGAAGGGAGGGUACUGAAUCUUUGCGGUGAUACAUGGACCGUCUCUGACGAGGGUGAAGGAGCCAAACUUCAUUUCAUUACAGAAGAUAACACUUCGUCAGAUUCGAGGGUGAUCAAACCUGGUCAGACGUUCGUCGCUCCCCGGUACGAAGCGAUAGUCGUUGCAGUUCGACCUGAAGGGAGUGAAGACGCAUGUACCUCCACCCCCAAAUUUGACAAUACUUAUAAGAGUUCAGAUAACAGAUUCAACAUGACGAUUGAUCCCCACGAUACAUCUGCCCCUAAAUCCUAUCGAAUGAGCGGGAGACGACAAAUCACCUUCGGCGACGUAUCGAUCUUGACUGACAAUCUGGGCGUAAAGGCAACAGCUCACGAGGAACUGGGUGGAGGUAGGAAACUCAAAACUCACUACACGAUCAUGCCUGGAGAGACGAAAGAAAUCCUCGGAAAGAAAUAUACUGUGACCACAGAGGACCGAAAUCUAUCUUGGGUUGUAUCUGAAAGAAAACGUUCUGGUCCGGCGGCCACGAUUCUCGAAGUGACCGUUGAUGAUCCAGAUUUUGACAGUCGAAUGAAAAUCCCCCUCAAGAUGCCUUGGUACAUGAAUGUUGGGGACUCUGAAAAGCACGAGAAUGCCAUAUUCACAGCCAAGGAGGGGCACCUGGAAGUUCUUUAUACCCGAGAGACUCAGGGUAUACUCAGACCUGCAACGACUCGGAUCUACCCCUCUGAAACCUGGUCAAACAGCAGUUAUACGGUCUCUGUAAAGGAGAUUGACGAGUCCGAGGUAGCUCAAAAAAGAGCCAGAGGUGAUGAUGAAGAUAGACCAGGGGAGGAGUCGGAGUGUAGCGAGGCAUGA